AUGUUGUACGAUGAUUUUAAGCCAAUUGUGGAUUUAGUUUUAAACAACUGGACUGCAUUACAAUUAGCUGUUGAGCAUGGAAUGGGUGCUCCGGGAGGUGAAAAGACCGCUCAACUCAUGUCAGUUGAUAUUGCAAGAUAUUGUGUUGAGAAUGUUGUGGAUGUAGAUGAUCUCACUGAAUUAUUAGAGGAUUUGAUGGAUGAAGAGUUUGAAACUGUAUGCCAUGAUAAUUCACCAAAAGAGAUUGCAACUGUUCUCAUACUGUAUCUUGGUCUAUUAAAAGAAGGAAGGCAUGAUGAACUACGAGCUAGAAUAGAAGCUAUGCCUAAAUGUCAGAAAUGGCUUAGUGUGCCUAUGCAUGACUCAGUGCCCCCUCAAUGUCAUGGUAACCCAGAUGAUGACAGCACCAGUAGCAGCGGCGAAGAUGAUGAUGGCCAUGAAAAUGUGCCUACUUUGUCAAACGGUGAUCAUGCAUCAUCAUCUCGGCCAAGCAAUGAGUCGGAGCCAAUGGAUGAGGAUGUUGAACCAGGAUGGACUGUUGUAAGAACCAGGAGGAAAAAA